CGAGCGCUUCUCCUACCCUCAGCCCCGCCUCGCGCCCCUUUUGGGCCCGCCCUUUUGGCGCGAGUAGCCGCGCCCCUAUCACCGGCGCACGCUCCCUGUUGUUACGGCGGGUCUAACACCCCCUCCCAUCACCCAAAGCCGCUCUGCUCCCUCCCUUCCCUGCGGACGUGGACUAAAGAGGCAGCGGCAAGUUGUCAAAGGAUGAAAGAAAGCUGGUCUGCAUUCGACACGUUUGAGCAUCAUUUCAGGCCUCUGGUAGUUAUUGAGCUUGCAAAAGACACCAAAGAGGAAACCAAAGAAUGGCUCACUCAAAGAAUUGUGGACAAAAAGAAAAAUGGAGGUGCCCAGCUGUUGGUUAAACCUUUGGUAAAAGAAGAUGGAGGAAAAAUAGAUGGAAAUCAAAAUGUAUAUCUUGUUGGAGCCUCUCACAUAAGGCUGCUGCUGGGAGCUGAAACUGUGGGAUUGGUAAAAGAAUGUAAUGAUAACUCAAUGAGAACCUUUACAUAUAGCAGUAGAAACACCUUCAAAGAUUUUGCAGAGGACAAUCACGAUUUCCUUACAAUGGCAGAGCGUCAGUACAUUAUCAAGCACGAACUUGAAAAUUUGAGAGCCAAAGAUGAAAGAAUGAUUCCUGGGUACGCGCAGGCAAAGCUGUAUCCAGGAAAAUCAAUUAUGAGAAGAUUGAUGACCAGUGGUAUCCUACUUCAGAUUUUCCCACUUCAUGAUACAGAAGAAUUGAAGAAGCUCCGGUACACCUGGUAUGGCCAGGUUAAAAUUAGUUAUCAACCUUUAGAUCAAAUCCGUUGCUAUUUUGGUGAAACGAUUGCUCUGUAUUUUGGCUUCUUGGAAUACUUCACAUUUGCUUUGGUUCCUAUGGCUCUCAUUGGGAUUCCUUACUAUGUGUUUGCAUGGGAAGACUAUGACAAGUAUGUGAUGUUUGCCUCAUUCAAUUUGCUUUGGUCUACAGUGAUCCUUGAAGUUUGGAAGCGCUGCUGUGCUAUCAUGACUUACAGAUGGGGGACACUGUUGAUGAAGCGGCAGUUUGAGGAACCGAGGCCAGGAUUUCAUGGUGUUUUGGGAAUCAAUCCUGUCACUGGCAAGGAGGAGCCAGUAUACUCAAGUAUUAAAAGACAGAUACGAAUUUAUCUGGUGUCCUUGCCAUUUGUGUGCCUUUGCCUCUAUUUCUCACUGUAUGUCAUGAUGAUUUACUUUGAGUUGGAGACUUGGGCUCUGGAUUUUCAUGAGGAGAAUGAGUCUUAUUUUAGCAAAUUAAUGCUAUUUUUGCCCAGCAUAAUCUAUGCUAUUGUGAUUGAAAUGAUGAACCGCGUCUACCGAUAUGCUGCAGAAUUCUUAACAUCAUGGGAAAAUCAUAGACUGGAAUCGUCACAUCAGAAUCAUCUAAUUUUGAAGGUCUUAGUGUUCAACUUUUUAAACUGCUUUGCCUCCCUCUUCUACAUUGCUUUUGUCCUUUUUGAUAUGAAACUUCUGCGACAGAGCUUGGCCACUCUGCUGAUAACUUCACAGAUCCUUAAUCAAUUUGUAGAAGCCUUACUUCCUUACUGGCUCCAAAAGAGACAUAAUAAGAAAGCGAAGAAAAGGGUGUACUCCAUAAAAGUGGAUACUGAUCUUUCAUUAUUUGAGCAAGUCAACCUGGAAAAAGAAAUGGGCACCUAUCUUGGCACCUUUGAUGAUUACUUGGAGUUGUUCUUACAGUUUGGCUAUGUGAGUCUUUUCUCAUGUGUGUAUCCUUUAGCAGCUGUCUUUGCAGUGCUAAACAACAUCACAGAGAUGUAUUCUGAUGCCUUAAAAAUAUGCAGGGUCUUCAAACGUCCAUUUUCACAACCCACAGCAAAUAUUGGAGUUUGGCAGUUGGCUUUUGAAACUAUGAGUAUUAUAUCAGUAGUUACUAACUGUGCACUGAUUGGAUUGUCUCCACAAGUAAAUGCACUUUUUCCAGAUUCAAAAACGGACCUUAUUUUGAUUGUGGUAUUAGCGGAGCAUAUUCUACUGGCAUUGAAGUUUGUCAUGGCGUUUGUGAUUCCUGAUAAACCACGGGAUAUCCAGAUAAAACUGGCCAGGUUGGAAUUUGAAUCUCUAGAAGCUCUCAAACAGCAGGACCUAUUGAUGCCAAUUGACAGAAGGUACAGAGAGGAUGCGUGGGGUUUUACAGGGAUCCCCUGGAUCAGCAAAUUAAAUUUGCAGCCGAGUCACUGAAGGAGGAAACACAUGGAGAAAAGAAGAUGAAUUGAGCAUUAGCACGUGAACAUGCUUUUAAAGUAUUUAAAAUCUUACUGUAUUUGCACUCUACAAUGUAUUACUCAAUAGAUAGUAUCUAUUAUCUGUACUUGGUCAUCAACACUGAUUGCUUUACACAAUGAAAAAUUGUUUCCCCUUUUCCUCUUCAUUUCAUAUGGAAUAUUCAACAGUUGUCUAGAGAGACAGAAUACAGAGCAUCACUCCAGUUUAUGCUAGAUCUGAUUGAAAUAUAACCAGCUGGACAUUAUAUCAAAAUUAUAUGAAACAGAUUUUUAAGAGUAGGUAUCCUGAUGCUAAAUGUAGUCUUGAUCUGCAGCUUUUCAAGAGAAGGUGUGCCUGGUAUAUUAGUAUACUUAAUUCUUAGUGUGUCAUUCCUUAUGCUUGUUAACCAUUUUUGUCCUUGUAGUAGAAUAGUUAAUCAUUUCCAAAGGCAUAUCUUUUUUUCAAACACAGCUUACUAUACACUGUUCACAGCAUUUACUAGGAAAUUAAUCUACAUUUUGUUUAUUAUAUAGUGUGAUGUUUGAUUUUUUUCCAUAGGACCAAUCACAAAGCUAGUUAUUUGGAAAUGUAUACUAUAAAAUGAGAUUACAACAUGUUCAUUUUAUAAAGAAUCUCAAUUAAAUUAUUUUCAGACGCUGGUAAGAAAGCAUUUGGCAUGAAACAGGCAUUACUGAUUAGUAGUUUAUGAAGAUGAACGAUUGUGUAUUCUUUUCAUUUAUCAUUAACUCUGAUUACCAUUUGGUGGUUCUUCAGAACAAUAGUCCUGUAUUAAUGGAUCUUUUUGUUAACUGAAAUGAUAGUAACAGAGCUAUUAAAAUGAACACUCCAUA